AUGGAGCUUUUCUCAUGCUCUCUCUUGAUAUCUUGUGCUCUUGUCUCCCUCUUUUAUGUUUGGAAAUUCUUGAACUGGGUUUGGUUCACUCCCAAAAGCCUCGAAAACCACCUCCGCAGCCAGGGCUUUGCCGGGAACCCUUACCGGCUGAUGACUGGUGACCUCAAAGAUUCGGCCGCCAUCAUUAAAAAUGCCGAGAACCAAUCCAUGGAGUUCACGAACGAUAUCGUGUCUAGGGUUUACCCUAUUUUCUACGCGGCUUUCAAGAAUCAUGGUAAGAAAAGCUUUGUAUGGUUCGGGCCAAGGCCGGCACUGAUACUUUCGGAGCCUGAAUCCGUAAGAGAUGUUUUGAUGAAGAAUUAUGCCUUCGUGAAGAUGCCGACUAGCCCACUGAAUAAGAUGCUUGGGAGGGGACUGGUGAUGCUUGAGCAUGAUGAAUGGACCAAGCAUAGAAAAUUGAUCAAUCCAGCCUUCCAUGUCCAGAAACUCAAGAAUAUGGUGGGAUCAUUUCACAUGAGCUGCAGUAUUAUGCUGAGAAAAUGGGACGAAAUCCCAAGGAUCGAUGGAUCGAUAGAGUUGGACGUAUGGCCUUAUCUUCAGGCUAUGACGGCUGAUGUGGUUUCGCGGGCUGCUUUUGGAAUUAGCAAUGACAACGGAGAGAAGAUCGCCCGCCUCCAAAAACAGCAAGCCGCAUGCAUCUUGCAGGCUAAUCGCUCUCUCUACCUUCCUGGAUGGAGGUACAUGCCGACGAAAGCAAACAGGAGACUGAAGCAACUCACUGAAGAAAUUGAAUCGAUAUUUUGCAGCAUUAUCAGCAAAAGAAUGGAAGAAGAAGCAAACAAAAGUGAAGAAGAUGGCAACAAGGAAGACGCAGACUUGUUGGGAAUACUAUUGGAAUCGAAUGCAAAAGAAAUGAAAGAACACGGAGCCAAGUCCGGGUUGAACAUGAAGGAUGUGAUGGAAGAGUGCAAGAACUUCUUCUUUGCCGGCCAAGACACCUCGGCCGCUCUCCUCUCCUGGACAAUGAUUCUACUUAGCAAGAACCAGGACUGGCAAACCCGUGCCAGGGACGAGGUUCUGCAAGCUUUCGGGACGAGGAAACCCGACUACCAAGAGCUUAACCACCUUAAAAUUUUGGGCAUGAUCUUGCACGAGGUUCUGAGGCUGUACCCGCCGAUAGUGAUGCUGGCGCGUCACACUGAUAAGGCUGACGCGUCAGGGAAGGUGACCAUACCGGCCGGGGUGCAGCUGAUGCUGCCAGUGCUACUACUUCAUCACGAUGUUGAGACGUGGGGACCUGACGCGAAAGAGUUCAAUCCGGAGAGGUUUGCGCAGGGCGUGUCGGGGGCCACAAAGGGCCAGCUCACCUACCUGCCAUUCGGGUGGGGGCCGAGGGGCUGCAUUGCGCAGAAUUUCGCGAUGCUGCAGACGAAGAUGACUAUGGCUACCAUUCUGCAGAACUAUUCGUUCCGGUUGUCGCCUUCGUAUUUGCACGCUCCUCUUACGGUCGUGAGCCUCCAGCCUCAGCAUGGAGCGCACUUGAUUCUUACCAAGAUUUGAGGUUGUGUUUGUCAUUGUGUAUUUGUUUAUUUGUGUCUUUGGUCAUCUAUGUCUGUAAUGAGUAAUUACUACUUUUGA